AGAGAGAGCGAGGCGCACGUGGCGAUCUCUCUUCUCUAACCGCCGCCGAUGCAGUCGUCACCCCCGCUGCCGGCGACGGCGGCGGGAGCUCAUCGCCGCCGCCAGCCUCCAGCGCCCUCCGCGCCCGCCUACCUCGCCGCGGCGCUGACGUUCCUCGUUCUCGCAGCGCUCGCCUACUCCCGCGCCGCCUUCCCCCACUUCCCGCACCCUCCGGCCACCCGCCGGUGCCGCCCCGACGCCGAGGGCUCCUGGUCGGCCGGCGUAUUCCUCGGGGACUCCCCCUUCUCCCUCAAGCCCAUCGAACACUGGGGGAUCUCCAGCGGCGGUGGAGCGGCGUGGCCGGUGGCGAACCCAGUGGUGACGUGCGCGGACUUGGAGGGGGCUGGAUUUCCCAGCAGCUUCGUCGCCAACCCCUUUCUCUUCAUCCAGGGGGAUGCCAUUUAUAUGUUUUUCGAGAUGAAAGACCCUGUUACAUCACAAGGGAACAUUGCUGCUGCCAUUAGCAAAGACGCCGGUGCAACAUGGCAGCAGCUGGGUGUAGUAUUGGAUGAGGAGUGGCACCUUUCUUAUCCUUACGUGUUUAGCUACGAAAACAAGACAUACAUGAUGCCUGAAAGCAGCAAAAAAGGGAACCUUAUGUUGUAUUACGCCGUGGAUUUUCCCCUUAAGUGGAAAUUAGAAAAAGUCCUUCUGGAGAGGCCACUUGUAGAUUCAGUCAUCGUAAAUUUCCAGGGUACCUAUUGGCUUCUUGGAUCAGAUAUAAGUUCUUAUGGCUCGAAGCAGAGAGGACUCUGUAUUUGGUAUAGCAGCUCUCCUCUUGGUCCAUGGAACCCACACAAGCAGAAUCCAGUUCAUAAUAAUAAUGACAACAGGCCGAGUGCCAGAAAUGGAGGCAGGCCAUUCAUUUACAAUGGCAAUCUUUAUCGCAUAGGUAAAGACCGUGGUGGUGGAUCUUGCUAUAGUAUCAAAGUGUUCAAAGUUGAAGUCCUGACAGUAAAUCUAUACAAGGAAGUUGCGGUCCCAUUUGUUCUUGAUAAACCCCUCAAGGGCCGAAAUGCAUGGGAUGGGGCGAGGUCCCAUCACCUUGAUAUCCAGCAGCUUCCAUUAGGGCAGCUUUGGAUUGGAGUAAUGGAUGGAGACAAAGUGCCCUCAGGUGACUCGGUUCAUCGCCUGACUAUAGGCUACAUGUUUUAUGGUGUUGCUUCCAUUGUAGUUCUGCUUCUUGGUGCGCUUAUUGGUGCAAUAAAGUGCAUCUUACCACUCAGAUGGUAUUUACCACAUACUGAGAAACGGAGAGACACCUUCAAUAUCGAGAAGCAGGUCUUUCUGUGCCAUAAAUUUGGUUUGCUUGUAUGCAAUGUUAACAAGUUGGGAUCUCUUAUUGGUGGAAGAAUUAAUUACAGAGCCGGGAAAGGCAGAAUUUAUAUAGCUGUAAUAAUAUUGAUAUUAGUAAUCCUAACCUGUUUUGGGACUCACUACAUCUUUGGUGGCAAUGGUGCAGAAGAUCCAUAUCCUGUUAAGGGCAGUUACUCACAGUUCACAUUGUUGACCAUGACAUAUGAUGCCCGACUUUGGAAUCUGAAGAUGUUUGUGGAGCAUUACUCCAAAUGUGCAUCAGUGAGGGAGAUUGUAGUGGUCUGGAACAAAGGUCGACCCCCAUCGCAAGGUGAAUUGAAGUCGAUGGUACCUGUUAGGAUCAGAGUUGAAAAUAAGAACACACUGAACAACAGAUUUAACAUAGACAAAGAAAUUAAGACGAGAGCUGUUAUGGAGCUUGAUGAUGAUAUCAUGAUGACGUGUGAUGACUUAGAGCGUGGAUUCAAGGUUUGGAGGGAGCACCCUGAUAGGAUUGUUGGUUACUAUCCACGCCUUGCUGAGGGCAGGCCUCUGGAAUACCGCAAUGAGAGGUAUGUUCGACAACAAGGAGGUUAUAACAUCAUACUAACAGGAGCAGCAUUUAUGGACCAUGAGCUGGCCUUUAAGAGGUACUGGAGCAAAGAGGCUGAGAUAGGAAGGCAGAUUGUUGAUAAUUUCUUUAAUUGUGAGGAUGUUCUCCUAAAUUUCUUGUUUGCAAAUGCAAGCUCGAUGAGCACAGUGGAGUAUGUAAAACCAGCUUGGGCAAUUGACAUGUCUAAGUUCUCAGGAGUGGCCAUUAGUCGAAACACACAGGCACAUUACCAUAUUAGGAGCAAGUGCCUUUCUAUAUUUUCAGGAAUCUAUGGGAAUUUAACUUCGAAAAGGUUCUUUAACAGCCGAGGUGAUGGCUGGGAUGUAUAAUGACACAGAUAGCUAGGUAGUCUUUUCUUGAUUUGUAAAAGGCCUGCUUAGCAAUGUUUAUAAGGUAGUCAGCCAGUAUUUGACAAGUGCAAUGUGAUUCAUAGUUUGUAGCUA